AUGCAUCAAAGUAAUACUUAUUUAAUUUUUCUUUUGAUUGAUUAUCAAGAACUGCUUGGAAUAUAAAGCUAAAAAACACAUCGAACCUUGGUACGCCCCACUUCUAACACCAAAAUGGCUUCCGCAUAUUUUCAUUAUUUUCUGGUCCUUGUCAUCCAGUUUGGUCAAUCCAGAGAAAUUUCCGUAACUUUUAAAGAUAGAUACCUAACAGGUCAUGUCUUUGCCGUGAAUUACCCAAACGAUUGGCUAAAGUGUAGCUUAUCCUGCGAGAACAUUCCAAGAUGCGUUUCUUACAACUUUCAUCUUAAGUCUGGAAGUUGCGAGCUAAACGACCAUGGCUUACACGAAGAUUUCAGAGCAGAAGACCAACUUACGGAAGGCAAAAACUUCAUAUUUCAUCAGAUCAGGCCGAUCUUCAAAAAUAUUCUCCCGCCAAAACGAACAGUCGAGAACCAGUGUGACUGCAAAUGUGCUUCUGAAAGCGCUUGUACCCCAAAUCCAGACGUAAACAACAAGUAUCUGCCAGUAUCUUGUAAAGAUAUAUAUCAAAACUAUCGACAAAAGAAUGGAGUUUAUGAUCUUCGAGGAGACGCUACUCUUGGCAAAUUUCGUUCGUAUUGCAAAAUGNAAAUCAUUAUCGAAAAAUAUUUUUCAUGGAAGCCAAGUGUGACAGAAAGAGAAAGAGAAAUAAAUAAGAAAAAGCUUGUUUGCGCUAACUGCACAUAG